AUGAAGCUCCUUUUCUCUCUCGCCGUUUUCCUUACGACACUGGGCUCGACCACGGCUUUUGUUCAGAAGCCAACGUCGCAGCUAUUUCGAGCUUCCUCGUCGCUGUGGGCCAAGAAGAAGGUCUUUAUCGAUGGCGAAGCAGGCACAACGGGUCUACAAGUUCGUGAACGUCUCGCACAACGAGAAGAUUUGGAGAUCAUAUCUAUUCCUGAUGAGCUGCGCAAGGACGACGCCACUCGGAAAAAGCUCAUCAACGAAGCCGAUGCUGUGAUUCUUUGUCUUCCAGAUGCUGCUUCAAAGGAGGCUGCUUCCUGGGUUGAGGCAGACAAUGAUCGUACCGUCUUGAUUGAUGCUUCUACAGCAUUUCGAGUCGAUGACUCUUGGGACUAUGGUUUUCCUGAGCUCUCCAAGGAGCAACGCACCGCGAUUGGAAAGAGCAAGCGCAUCUCCAACCCCGGAUGUUAUCCCACUGGCUUUAUCGGGCUGACUCGCCCAUUGGUUGAUGCAGGAAUCUUACCGGAAGGUACUGCACUGACGGUCAACGCUAUUUCUGGGUACAGUGGUGGCGGCAAGGCGCUUAUGAACGUAUUUGAAAAUGAAGCUCAUGAACCGUGGGGCGCGUACGGUUUGAGUCUGAAACACAAACAUACCCCAGAGAUGGCCAAGUAUUCCAAACUAAACAAGCAGCCUAUUUUCCAACCGGCUGUGGGAACCUUUGAUCAGGGUAUGGUCGUUUCCGUUCCCGUACAUUAUUCUUGGAUGACGGAAGGCGUCAGUGGGACAAAGAUUCAUGAUGCUUUAAAACAGCACUACGAAGGCAGCAAAUUUGUCGAGAUUAUGCCGUUGGGUGAAGAAGCAGUGAAAGAGUCGGGGCUGUUGGAGCGAGGGGCUUUUUUGGCUCCUGAUACUCUGAAAAACACCAAUAAGCUGCAGCUUUUUGUCUUUGCCAACGACGACGAUGGAACGUGCUUGUUGAUGGCUCGCCUGGACAAUCUGGGUAAGGGCGCGAGCGGAGCGGCGGUUCAGAACUUGAAUCUUUCUCUGGGCUUUGAAGAAACAACCGGUCUCUUGUAG